CUGGCAGCUGCUCAAGUCUGCUGAUCAAGUCCAGCGUCGAUAUUACCAAGAACGGUACAGUAACUCUGUUGGAGGCUUUUGAAAUUGCCAGUAAGGUCACAGUUUAACAUGGAGGAUGAUUUUGGCGAGAGUAAGAUCUUACUGGAAACCAUAUGGCACUGGGAUGCCGUAAAGGAUAGCAAGGACGAAAGUGUGCUGGUCAUUGAUGCGCAUCCUGACAAGCCGUGGAUUCUGUUCACACCUAGUGGAAGCAACGUUCUUCAAAUGUGGAACUAUGAAGAUGGCAAGCAGGUUGGAUCCUGGCGAAUGCCUGAUGGACGGUCCCCUGACAAAGUCAAGUUCAUUGUGCAGAAGGACUGGAUUGUGGUGCAGAGCAUGGAUUGCUUCAAGGUGUAUGAGUUUGCAGUUGGAAAAAGAUUACGACAUAUAGAAGAAUGGAGGUCACCUACCCGUCGUGACAAUUCUCCCUUGGCCCUGACGGUCGAUCGCCGCUCAACUCACGUACUAACUGGUUUUCGAGAUGGGAGAGUACUACUGUGGGAUUGGGGAAGGAAACAGGGAAGAAUCAAAACAUUCAAAGGUCACGAUGAACCCGUGACAUGUUUGGCUUUUCAUCCAAGGCUGUCCAUCUUUGCAAGUGCUGCAGGUGACGUCAGCAUCAGGGUGUGGAAUAUGGAAGCCCACCCUAUUUCCCAAAGUUUCUGUCUUUACAGUCACUGUGGGGGUCCAGUUCAUAGCAUGGAGUUUCACAGUGGGCUGGAGACGACGGUUCUGAUGACUGGGCACCAUGGCUCUACGGUGAAGAUCUGGAACUACAAGAAACAAAGAUGCGUAGUAGAAUUGGAGGGGAACAAUGAGGAGAGUGUUUCUACCUUCUUCCAUCCACACUCGCCAUACGUCUUUAGUGCAUCAAAGAAAGGAAAAGUUACAAUCUGGAGGAAGUCAGAGUCGAACUUUGAGCUGAUGGCCAUAGCGAUCCACACUGGACUAAGUGGACAGCUAUACAGCAUGGUUCCUUGCAGAAACUUCAACGAGAUCAUUAUUGGAGGAAACGGAGAGUUCAAAGUUCUAAAAGUUGUUGCCAUAAGACAAGAUGACGCGGCAUCAGUGCCAGCACUGCCAGGGCUCGAAAAGGAGAAAGAGCCAGUUACUGCAGCAGCAGUCACAGAGAACACCGAGGCCCAGUUACUGCCAGGGCUCUGAAAGCAGAUGGAGCCAGUUACUGCAGCAGCAGUCACAGAGCAUCAGUGCCGGGAAAG